AAAAAGUCCACAAAAGCUCACACAAGGCAAUAUUAGGGAAGCUGUCUUCAGGGGUUGCUUUCUUCUCCACCUCCCUAUCGAAACCGCCGUCGUGUUUAUCUCCUCUUUUAAACUAAUCCAUGGACCAGAGCAAGCUCAAGAGAUGCUCCGCAUCAUCAUCCUCCCAUGCUGAAGCAGCUGCUGAGGCUGCAGAUCCUUUGCAAAAGGGUAAGAAAAUAAUUGAGUCUCUCUUUAUUUGCUAUGCCAUAGUUCUUGUUCUGUCAGAAAGAGAGUUGAAUGAUUUGGAGACAGAAGUCAAUUGUCGGAAGAGGCAGAAGCAGGAGGAAGAAACCACAGAGAAGAAAAAAAAGUGUUGUUUUGGCACUAAAGAUGCAGAGGGAAACAAUGAGCAUACCAUAUUCGUCACGGGUUUUGAUAAUAGCGGUUCUAGGGAUGAGAUCAGGAGCGCAUUGGCUAAACAUUUCAGUUCAUGUGGAGAGUUGACGAGGGUUUUUGUUCACAUCGAGUGUGAAACCGGUGUUUCCAGAGGAUAUGCUUUUAUUAAUCUGAAAAAACGUGUUGGCAUUGAGGCGGCGUUAUCUCUCAAUGGAAGCGACUUGGGAGGUCGGAAGCUUCUGGUUACCAUGGCUACACUUAGAGACGAAUAUUAUGGCCACGUUAACUUUAAAGGCUGUGAAAUUUGUUUUGCUAUGUUUGCUGCCGCCAGUCGGAGACUGACAAGAUGGAAACUUAAAACUGGUGGUGGCAAAUUCAGGCGCCUCUCUCCAGAACUUGAAGAAAAGUUUCGUCUUCGUAGGAAAGAAUUAAUGGCUUCUCGCAAGAUUGAGAAGUCUAAAACCAAAGACGGCUAAUAUUUUCUACUUGUUUCUCGACCAGCUCCAUCAAACGCUUUUUUUUUCUAUUAUCUUGAUGUGCUAUUUAACAUAUAUUAUACUAUCUUAGCUGCACUUUUUAUGCUUCAAUCAGAUUAUGAAUUUUUUUUUAUAAACCUAUGUAAUAGGUUAUACUAGUUUGCUUUUGGUGGUUUGAGAAAUGGUUGAUAGGAAUCAAAAAUACUACGGAACUGUUUUGAUGA